AUGGCUGCAUAUAGAGACGGAUUACCGUGCUGCUUCAAUCAGUAUCUAGACCGAAAUAGCAACGUCUGCAUUGAAUGUCCAGCUGGAUCAUUUGGAUGGAACUGUCAUCAGAGAUGUCCGUCAGGAUAUUAUGGAAUAUUGUGUCGGUCCCCCUGUAACUGCUCUGCCUCUUACUGUUAUCAUGUUACUGGAUGUAUUCGAGAAAGCAGAACUAGUUUUCCUUCUUUAUCAACCGGCACUGCAUAUCAAACAACCAAAGUUAGUGAAUGGACUCAUUUAGCUGGAAAUCUCCAAACUACGACAACGUCCCGUCCGUUUCCAGCAAAACAACAUGUUCAAAAUAAAAGUAUCAAACAUCACGAUGACACAUGGAUAGCACUUAGCUCUUUACUGAUUGGUUCGCUGGUAACACUCAUUCUGAUUGGAUUUUUUCUGCAUUUCCGUUCUCGAAAGCGACUCAAAGUGAAAUUUCCAAAAAGAAUUCAAAGGAUAUUAUUUUCUGGUAGAGAUGAAGAAAGAAACAUACAACUUCUCCACGAGGACCAUCACCCACCAUCCACAGUCACCACAUUUAACCGAUGUCAAGAUGACGAUACCUAUAUGGAAAUACGGUUCUCUCAAAUGUCUGGCGCAUGCUCAGAAACAUGCACAAAUACAAUAAACAAUAAAGAGAAAGAACACGUUGCCUCCAAAGAACUUAGAAAUGUUUCUAGAAAUACAAAUUUGUACGGGAAAUGUUCAUUUGAAAAUGAAUAUGACCAUGUUAAACUUAGAGUGAAAUCAAGCAUUCCUGAGUUACCUCAUCAGAAAUUCGGAAUUGGAAAAGAUCUGGAUUAUGUCGUUCUCUCUGAUGAGGGUCGAUUGCAGAAACAAUUGUCAUAUCAUGACGAAAGUAGCAAAUCUUUGACUUUACCUUCCAGUUGUAAAACAGUUAAACAAAAAUUACAACAACAUUCCUACAGUUUAUGCCGUGUAAAAUCAGAAAAUGAGUUGGAAGAUGAGAAAAUUACCAAUGAAAAAGAAAAGAAUCUCAUUAAAUCAACUUCAGACAUUUCAGUGACUACAAAAGAUCCUGGAUUAAAGGAGGACAGUGGACCGUACAGUUUUGCUCAUUCAUUUUCCCAUAAUGAUUUAAGUUUAGAUAAUGAAGGGACAUUAGGAAGAGAUCCCUUCAGUAGUGUUACACCAGAAGAGAAGAAAGAUUUGGAAAGAAAGAACCCCGAGGAUUUGAAAAAUAGUUGAUAUAGCUAUGUUCAAAAAAUGGUAGAUUGAAAACAAUUUUAAAA